AUGGCUUUACAGUUUGAAUCUGAUGGUACCCCAUUUGUUAUUUGGGCUGAACACAAAAUUAAAUUAGAAAAAGAACCGAUAAAAGAAGUUUUUUAUAUGGAAAAAGCAAAGAAGGAGUUAAGAGAAACACCGGAAAAUAUAGAAAAUGGUCUUAGAGAAUUGAGAGAACUCAUUAAACGUGAGACAAAUCUCGUUUUACCCAUAGAAGACGACGAGUUUCUUUUAAAAUUUCUGAGGCCUUCGAAAUUUUAUGCGGAAAGUGCAUUUAAAAGAAUCCAAGCGUAUUAUAAAUUUAGACUAUCACACAAAGAUUACUGCCAGGAUCUGUUCCCCAGUUCUAUACGUUCAGCAUUCGAACAUUCCAUCAUUUCCUUCCUCUCACCUCGGGAUGAGCAAGGACGCCGUAUUAUGUUCAUCGAGUCUGGCGAACGUUGGAAUCCACGUGAGGUGCCAUUGCGUGAAGUGUUCCGCGGCGUGCAACUAGGACUUGAGGCUGCGAUGGUAGAGCCGCGCACUCAGGUCUGCGGCGUGUCCGUUAUAAUGGACAUGAAGGGGCUCUCUUUUUCACAAGUCAUGCAAUUUACACCAUCGUUCGCUAAGAUGGCCGUGGAUUGGAUACAGGACUGUAUACCGAUUCGCUUGAAAGCUGUACAUAUCAUCAAUCAGCCCUAUAUUUUUAAUAUGCUGUUUGCUAUAUUCAAACCAUUUAUGCGCGAGAAACUCAGAUCACGCGUCUUUCUCCAUGGGUCUAACAACAAAUCCAUAUUGAAACAUAUUAAUGCUGAGGCUCUGACGAAGAGAAUGGGAGGCGUUCUAGACGACGGCGAAAUAUCUGGCGAGACUGUAUGGAAAAUGCUACACCAUUAUGAAGAAAGUUUCAAACGAGCAGAUUCAUAUGGAUAUAUUACGAAUAACAACAAA